AUGGCAGAGUCUAUAUACGACCAGAUCGAGAUCGAGGAUAUGACCUUUGACCCAGCAAUGCAGAUCUACCACUACCCGUGCCCGUGCGGCGACCGCUUCGAGAUCUCGAUCGAUGACCUGCGCGACGGCGAGAAUGUCGCUGUCUGUCCUAGCUGCUCGCUCAUGAUUGAGGUUAUCUUUGAGCCGGAGGAUCUACCACCACCUGAGGGGAUGAUGGAGGCGGGGAAGAGUGUUGCUCUUGUGGCUUGA